CUCCAUCGCGAGCCAUUAGCUGGCGCGCGGCGGGCCGCUCCUGGCACGUUCUGGGAGGACCCCAGGGCGCAGGGGAGGAGAGGCAUCUGGGGGGCGCAGGACACUGCCCAGGCACCAUGCGUCCGCCUGGAGCUGCCGGGGCACCCGGGCUCUGAGGCUGCUGCCAGCUCGCCAUUGUGAGAGUGGCCGCGGGGACCUUCUCGCCGCCAGCGCCACCGCCAGCGCCACCGCCGACCCGGUCCACGGGUCCCGUCGCGAUGGGGCAUCCGCCCACGGGGACGCGCGGCCACCGUCGCCUGCUGCUGGGACUCGGGCUCUUUGUACUGCUCAAGAUCGCUACGACGUUCCAUGUGACCGUCCAAGAUGAUAAUACCAUCGUCGUCUCCUUAGAGGCCUCGGAUGUCGUCCACCCAGCAUCCACAUAUAUUGUGAAGAUCGCUGGAGAGUCCAAAAAUUACUUCUUCGAGUUUGAGGAAUUCAACAUCACGUUGCCUCCUCCUGUUGUCUUCAAGGCCAGUUAUCAUGGUCUCUACUAUAUAAUCACUCUGGUGGUGGUAAAUGGGAACGUGGUUACCAAGCCAUCCAGAUCAAUCACAGUGUUAACAAAACCUUUACCCAUAACCAGCGUUUCCAUAUAUGACUACAAGCCUUCUCCUGAAACAGGAGUCCUAUUUGAGAUUCAUUAUCCAGAAAAAUUUAAUGUUUUCACAAGAGUAAACAUCAGCUACUGGGAAGGGAAAGGUUUCCGGACAAUGUUGUACAAAGAUUUCUUUAAAGGAAAAACAGUGUUUAAUCACUGGCUACCAGGAAUAUGUUAUAAUAACAUCACCUUUCAGCUGGUAUCUGAAGCAACCUUUAAUAAAAGUACCCUUGUGGAAUAUAGUGGCGUCAGUCAUGAACCCAAACAGCACCGAACUGCCCCAUAUCCACCUCGAAACAUUUCUGUUCGUUUUGUGAACUUGAACAAAAACAACUGGGAGGAACAGAGUGGAAGUUUCCCAGAGGAAUCCUUCAUAAAAGCACAAGACUCAACAGGAAAAGACAGAGUCUUCCACUUCACACAAGAAGCUCUGGAAAUCCCUUCUGGAAACACCUCCUCGGGUUGGCCUGAUUUUAACAGCAGUGACUAUGAACCAACAGCUCAGUCAUACUGGUGGGACGGAGCAUCUGCAGCUCCUGAAAGCGAGGGUGACUUUGUCAGCGUUCUUCCAGUAGAAUACGAAAAGAAUGCGACAGUCAGCGGGACUGACCGGCCAAUGUCAGACUCUUUCUUCCCUGUGCAAAUGAUCCUGAGCUGGCUACCACCAAAGCCACCCACGGCCUUUGAUGGAUUCCAUAUUCUCAUAGAAAGAGAAGAGAACUUUACUGAGUAUUUCACGGUAGACGAAGAAGCUCACGAAUUCGAGGUGGAGCUGAAGGAGCCGGGGAAAUACAGACUGUCUGUGAGGACCUUCAGUGCCUCGGGGUCCUGCGAAGCUCGGAAAAGCCAGUCCGCGAAAUCCCUCAGCUUCUACAUCAGCUCCACGGGAGAGUGGAUUGAGGAGUUAACUGAGAAACCCCAACAUGUGAGCGUCCAUGUGUUAAGCUCGACGACUGCCUUGAUGUCCUGGACGUCUUCCCAAGAGAAUUACAACAGCACCAUUGUGUCCGUGGUGUCCCUGACCUGCCAGAAACAAAAGGAGAGCCAGCGGUUGGAGAAACAGUAUUGUACUCAGGUAAACUCAAGCAAACCUGUUAUUGAGAAUCUGGUUCCUGGCGCCCAAUACCAGGUGGUGCUAUACCUAAGAAAAGGCCCUUUGAUUGGACCACCUUCAGAUCCUGUGACAUUUGCCAUUGUUCCCACUGGGAUAAAGGAUUUAAUGGUCUACCCCUUGGGUCCAAGAGCAGUGGUCCUGAGCUGGACCAGACCUUACUUAGGAGUGUUCAGAAAAUAUGUGGUGGAGAUGUUUUAUUUCAACCCCACAACAAUGACCUCAGAGUGGACAACCUACUAUGAAAUAGCAGCGAGCAUCUCUUUAACUGCAUCUGUGAGAAUAGCCAAUCUGCUGCCGGCGUGGUACUACAACUUUCGAGUUACCAUGGUGACAUGGGGCGAUCCAGAACUGAGCUGCUGCGACAGUUCCACCAUCAGCUUUGUCACAGCCCCGGUGGCUCCAGAGAUCACCUCCGUGGAGCACAUCAACAGUCUGCUGUAUGUCAGCUGGACGUACGGGGACGACAGCACGGACCUGACCUACUCUAGGAUGCUGCACUGGACAGUUGUCGCAGAAGGGAAGAAGAAGAUAAAAAAGAGCGUGACGCGCAAUGUCAUGACCACGGUUCUCAGCUUGCCCCCAGGAGACAUCUACAACAUCUCCGUCACCGCCUGCACGGAGAGAGGAAGGAACACCUCCGAGCCCCGCCUGGUCAAGCUAGAGCCAGUGCCUCCAAAGUCCCUGUUCGCAGUGAACAAAUCGCAGACUUCCGUGACCCUGCUGUGGGUGGAGGAGGGCAUAGCUGAUUUCUUCGAAGUCCUUUGCCAGCCGCUCGGCCCUCGUGGGGAAGCCAAGCUCCAGGAACCGAUAGCCGUUUCUUCUCAUGUCGUGACCAUCUCCAGCCUCCACCCGGCCACCGCCUACAACUGCAGCGUCACCAGUUUUAGCCAUGACAGCCCUAGUGCGCCCACAUUUAUAGCUGUCUCAACAAUGGUUACAGAGAUGAAUCCCAACAUAGUAGUAAUCUCAGUGCUGGCCAUCUUGAGCACCCUUUUAAUUGGACUGCUUCUUGUCACCCUAGUCAUCCUUCGGAAGAAACAUCUACAGAUGGCAAGGGAAUGUGGAGCAGGCACGUUUGUCAAUUUCGCCUCCUUGGAAAGAGAGGGGAAGCUUCCUUAUAACUGGCGUCGAAGCAUCUUUGCUUUCUUAACUCUGCUACCUUCAUGUCUUUGGACUGACUAUCUUUUGGCAUUUUAUAUUAAUCCUUGGAGUAAAAAUGGCUUAAAGAAGAGGAAACUGACUAACCCAGUUCAGCUGGACGAUCUGGACUCCUACAUCAAGGAUAUGGGCAAAGACUCCGACUACAAAUUCUCUCUGCAGUUCGAGGAGUUGAAACUGAUCGGACUGGAUAUCCCUCACUUCGCUGCCGACCUGCCGCUGAACCGAUGUAAAAACCGCUACACAAACAUCCUGCCAUACGACUUUAGUCGAGUGAGGUUGAUCUCUAUAAAUGAAGAGGAAGGAGCAGACUACAUCAAUGCCAAUUAUAUUCCUGGUUACAACUCACCCCAGGAGUAUAUCGCCACCCAGGGGCCCCUGCCGGAAACCAGAAAUGACUUCUGGAAGAUGGUUCUGCAACAGAAGUCUCAGAUUAUCGUCAUGCUCACUCAGUGCAAUGAGAAAAGGAGGGUGAAAUGUGACCAUUACUGGCCAUUCACGGAAGAACCUAUCACUUAUGGAGACAUCACGGUAGAGAUGGUCUCAGAGGAAGAGCAAGAUGACUGGGCCAGCAGACACUUCCGGAUCAGUUACGCUGACGAGAUGCAGGAUGUGAUGCAUUUUAACUACACCGCCUGGCCUGAUCACGGCGUGCCCACAGCAAACGCAGCAGAAAGUAUCCUGCAGUUCGUCCACAUGGUCCGACAGCAGGUGACCAGGAGGAAAGGUCCCAUGGUCAUUCACUGCAGUGCGGGAGUGGGGCGGACGGGAACCUUCAUCGCCCUGGACAGGCUCCUACAGCACAUCCGUGAUCAUGAGUUUGUGGACAUCUUGGGGCUGGUGUCAGAAAUGAGGUCGUACCGGAUGUCGAUGGUACAGACAGAGGAGCAGUACAUCUUCAUCCACCAGUGCGUGCAGCUGAUGUGGCUGAAGAAGAAACAGCAGUUCUGCGUCAGCGACGUCAUCUACGAAAACGUGAGCAAGUCCUAGUCCCGAGACCCGAGCAGAGACGACAUGAUGUGCGCCCAUCCUCCCUCACUUCCAGAUUUUUUUUUUUUUUUUGGAAGGGUCCUCUAGUCAUUUUGAGAAAACAAGCCCUUUCUUUGUAUAGUAUGUGGCCAAGGAGGUUAAUUUAUCUCAUAGAAGCACCAGGAAGAUUUAGCCUUAAAUAAAGAGCCUACACUGUCUUUUGGACUCUUUCCACUUCUGGAUCUUUGAUGGACCAAAUUCAAUAGAAUUCCAGAAAGGUCAAGAUGCUCUGCCAAGGGCAGAAAGUACAUCCCUAUCAGGAGUUCAGUUGGCCCUUUGUCGUUUGAACUGAGUAGAAUGUUUCUGUUUUUUUUUUUUUUUAUUUUAAGUGCAAUAAUUUUUGUAUGUGUGUGAUUUUAUCAGAAAGUUGAACUGUGUUCUGCCCCACACCAUUGAUCAAUGCCAUCACCCAGGAAGUAGCAGGCACAGUUAGCGUCAAGUUACACCUCAUUGUUUAAGAGGCACGGACACACAGGAACAAGUGGUGCAUCUACUUUGAAGAAGUGGAACAAAAGAGAUUUAUACUCCACCUUUAAACUCACUGCAUCAGAGGGCUGGAGAGAUGGCUUAGCGGUUAAGCGCUUGCCGGUGAAGCCUAAGGACCCCGGUUCGAGGCCCAGGACCGACGUUAGCCAGAUGCACAAGGGGGCGCACACAUCUGGAGUUCCU